AUGGGCUAUGCAAGCCAAGGCUACGGUGCCCAAGGCGGGGAAGACGGCGGCGGCUUCAUGACCAGCUCCCAGCAAGGGAGCCAAGGAGCUACCAAGAGUAAAUAUGCGGAGGACACACUCCGCCCGGUCACAAUCAAGCAAAUCCUCGACUGCAAAGAGCCGUACCCGGGCGGCGACUUGACUCUUGAUGGCGCUCCUAUCUCGCAGGUGACGUUCGUCGGGCAGGUGCGCUCUGUAAAUGCCCAGACUACCAACAUAACGUAUACGGUGGACGACGGCACUGGGAUGAUUGACGUCAAAAAAUGGAUCGACGCCGACCGUAUAAACGACGAGAUGAACUCGAACAACCAUAUCGUUCCGGACACAUAUGUCCGUAUUUUUGGCCGUCUCACCACGUAUAACAACAGAAAGCAUAUUGGCGCGCAUUGUGUGCGCAUCAUCCGAGACUUCAACGAGGUCAACUAUCACUUGUUGGAGGCUACAUAUGUUCAUCUGCUCCUGACCAAGGGUGGGCCCCAAAGGCCAGGCCAGACUGGUGCUGCAACUGUUGGGGACAUAGGAGGUGAUAGCAUGUUUGUCGACCAAGGCUUCAAUAGUGAUGUUCAAGCCAAGUUAGCUGCGUGCUCGCCGGCAGCGAGAACCGUCUUCAACUUCCUGGCUGAUAACCCAAUGGGAGGAAAUGAAGGCGUGCAUGUCAACCUGAUCGCGAGCAACACGCGCUUGUCCUACCGGGAUGCUCUAGAUGCUGGGAAUGAGCUACUAUCACAUGGGCUCAUUUAUUGCACAAUGGAUGAUGAGACGUGGGCUGUUAUGGAAUGCUGA